AUGUACGUUGUCGGCAGAUCUGUAUUGGUUACAGCAAAAAUAUGUGAUGGUGGUCAUUCGUGUUCUGGACCUAUGACAUGCUGCAAUAAAGGAUGCUGUUACACAAAUCAAGGACCUGGUACAAUGAUUUCUGGUGCGGGUACAUCACGUGUAUAUACUGGCAUUGGACCACAAUUAUUAAUGCCCGUACAUUGGUAUUUUUGGGCAUUAUUAGCUGCAUGUUUAGCAGCAAUUAUAUGCUUAUGCGCACUUUGGCGACGUAGAACUGUAUGGUCAUGUUGUCGUGAUUCUGGACAAGAUCGACGUUCGGAACCGGAUUCAAAUGGAUCAUUAUAUGCACCGCCACAUUAUAGCAGAUGUAGUUCAUUCCAUCACGCGCCUCCACCCCCAUAUACUGAGGUAGCUACCAAACCAGACAUGUAUCCAUUGGUGAUAGGAUAUGGUUUAGGAUGUGAGAAUAAUUUUAAAGCACCCACGACCAAUUAUCUAAUGGUUCAAUAUUUUCAUAAUUAUAUAUUUCAACCAACUACAGGGUCUAUAUCUGCCACAAGUACUGUGGAUUCACUUAGUUCUGCAUUUAUUUGUACAUCUAAUAAUGACACAAAUAUUAUACCACCACCGUAUUCGUGUACUGGAAGUAUUGAAGAAUGUAAUUCAAUGCCAAAUGAUCCAGCACCGAGUGUUCGAGAAGAAACUGGCGUAUCAACAAACACAACGCAAGCAACUUACACAUAUUGUGACAUGAUGGGUAACGAAAUUCGACCAACAAGUGUCGUAUCAAAUUACACAAACAACAAUUUAAUAACGCAUCAACAUCAAACGCAACAACAUUCGGAAGUGUUAGACACUUCAUAUCAUGUACAAUCAUCAUCUUCAAGUGCUGUAGUAAAUCGUAAUAAUAUUCGAAGUGAAGAUAAUCAAACAAUGUACAUACCAACAAAUCAAUAUAAUUUUAAUAAUAAUUCCGAAAUGCCUAAUAAUUUAAACAAUAAUAAUAAUAUUAGUGAUAAUAGCGCUGCCUCAUGGGGCAGACAAAAUGAUGAUCGAGAAUUUGAGAAUCCAGAAUUAGUUUUAGAUCAAACGUAUAGUGUUGCAAAUAGUAUAACCGGUUCGGAUAUAAGUAGCCUAACAAAUUUAGGUACACCAGAUUCACCGCCACGAGCUACAAGUCCCACUGUGGAAAUACGUGAAAUAUUAAAUAAAAUUCAACAGUUGCCUCAACAAAAAAGUCCUAUACCUAUAGUGGAACAAAAUGAUAUGCCUUCAUCAUCCACCACAGCGACAUCCAAAUCUCCACCGCUAAUGAUGCCACCGAUUAAAACACAAACCUUUUUAAGAACUAAACGUUGUUUUACACGCAAUAAAAUUAAAACGUUAUAUGUGCCUCUUACGAAACAAUCAAAAACAAUGAAUUUAUAUGAUGCGUCAAAAAGUUGUAGUACAAAACGUUGGUUGUCACGUUCGGCGCCAACAACACCGUGUUCAGCAAUGUUACCUACAUUUCCAUCACAACGAAAAAGUUCAGCAAAUGGUAGCCGACGUGGUAGUAAAAAUGGCGAUGGAAGUCCACUGUUGUUGGAACAAGAGUCUUCGGAUGAUGAAACACGUAAAUCCGAACAUGUUUAA